ACGCCUGGAACUUUACUGUUUGGGCUGUCAAUGUGUGCUACCUUAGCUCAGAAGCGGGAUACUAUCUCCACUACCAGGGUCUGCCUCAGAUAUCUCCACUACCAGGGUCUGCCUCAGAUAUCUCCACUACCAGGGUCUGCCUCAGAUAUCUCCACUACCAGGGUCUGCCUCAGAUAUCUCCACUACCAGGGUCUGCCUCAGAUAUCUCCACUACCAGGGUCUGCCUAAGAUAUCUCACAUUUUAUCUAUUUAUUUUGCUUUUUGUUUGGGAAAGAAGAGUUCAGUGCUUGGGGUUUAACGCUCUCUACUUGGUUCUCAAGAAGUGGACACCAUUUGAACCAUCUAAAUCGGUCUGGGCUUGGCUGUUUCUCAGUAAGGGUGUUCUGUUCUGUACUGUGCCUCAGAGGCUAAACAGUCAUGUACAAAAGCAGUUACUCCCAGGCCAAGUUUGGCUUGGAGGCCAGGAGGAAGAUCCAGAAGCCCAGAGGGAAGAGCUGUGGCUACUACACGAGGGUUGUCUUCUUCUUCUCCUCUCUGAUCCAGUCACUCAUCAUCGUCAGCCUGGUGCUCUUCCUGGUCUAUGGGAGCUCCCCAGACGCGGCGGCCGAGAGCCGGGUCCAGGACCUGGAGAAGAGCUUCAGCCGCCUCUCCAUUGACAACAUCAACCUCCGGCAGCAGGGAAAGAACCUGACGAAGCUCCUGAACGCCACCCUGACUGACAAGAUGCGCAACGACAGGUAUAUGAUGAGUCUGCGUCAAGUGGUAAACGGGUCUGGCAUGUUCAUCGCCAAUCUCAAAGGACUAGUGACUCAGUGUGAAAACGAUAAGGGAAGAUGUCAGAUUCAACUUAGAAUGAACCAAUGCUUCAGGGCCAUGCCACCAAAUGAAAACCAGGUCCAGCAGCUGGAGCAGUUGCUAAAGCUAGUGAGCUCCAACUUCAGUCAGACGGUGCAGUUCAUGAGGAUGGAGAUGGAGAACACAGCCAUGGACCGGGACACCCUGUCCCUGGAGGCCAUCUCCCUCCAGAGGGACAAGACCUUCCUGCAGAGACAACUGGAGGGCUACAGGAAGAAGUGCAAGGAGGACUUUGUCCAAUCUCUGGCCGGCAUCUCCGACGUCUCUAAAGCCUUCCUGUUGAAGAUCGACAACCUUCUGCCCAAUGUCAGCCCCUUCCUGCUCACCUGCGAGAAGCAGCUCCACCACCUGGACCAGAUCCGCAACAACUGCACCGGUCUGUCCCGUGAGGUGGAGAACAAGUUCCAGCAAUACCUGAACAAGGUGGGCUUUCAGAUGUCGGAGAUUGAGGGUUGCAGUGUCAGGCUGCAGGCGGAUAAAGACCAGCUGAAGGAGGUCUACGACUGGUGCAGCUACAACCGCAGUGCCAUGGCCCUGGAGCACCGCGAGAAGCUUCAGAAGACCCAGGAGAAAUACGACCAAGAGACGGAGAGGCUGCUGAUGGACAGCAGAAGGCUGCAGGGGGACAAGGAGCUACAGGAGACGGGGAUGAAGGUGAAGGAGGGUGAGAUCAGCAUUCUCAAGGACAAGAUCAAUAACCUCAACACCUCACUAGUCAACUGUGGCUCCAGGACUGGAAUGGGUAACCCAGGGAUGUUCAGACCAAAUCAGACUGGACCCUGGGGUAGCAGGCAUGGGAUGGGUGACCCUGGCUCAACUGGGAAUGGAUUUGGCGGGGCAGGGGCAAGCUCAAGUGGGUUUGAGUCCACUGGCAUGGGUUCAAAUCCAUUCGGUAGUGCAGGGGCAGGUGGGACAGGGACAGGUAACAAGCCAGGCUCAACUAACCCAUUUCGGUCAACCGAAAUGGGUUUGUGGGCUACAGGUGGGUGGGGUUCCACAGGAAUGAGUAACACAGGGAUGGGCGGGGAAGGGUCGAGUGUAACAGGGCAAGGUAAAAGGGGGUCAACUGCUGGAACAGAAUUGGGUGCUGGAACUGGUGGGUGGGGUGCUUCUGCAACAGGAAACGGCAACACAGGAUUGGGUAGGUCCGGGUCAAGUGCUUCGUCAUCAUCAGGCGCCACAAGGAUGAACGGUUCAGGAAUGGACAGCUCGAACGGUUACAGUUCAGCACAUAUCAAUCAACACUUACGAGAGCUGCAGCAGUAUUCUAAUGCCGACUCCGGCUCAGAAGUAUCGGGGUAAUCCAUGAAAUUUCACAGAGGAAAAUGGAGGAAAACCUAUAAAACCCAGUCUCCUCAUAUUGAGUUCUGGUUUGUCAAUAUACAGUACCAGUCAAAAGUUUAGACACAGCUACUCAUUCAAGGGG